AUGGAAGACAUGCAGAAGGUCGAAGGUCACGUCAAGUCCCUGCAUGUUGUCAAUGGAAGCUUCGAAGUGAAACGUCGUGCCGUGCUUCAAAAGCCCCACAUUUUCUACUCUGAAGCAGCCGAGGCAAACUGCCUCCACCGCGCGGCCAACUCCAGCGAGACAGCCGCGCAGAGAAUCCAGUGUCAACAAGCCGCGAUGGACUCACAGCUGCAACGCAUCGACGAUUCGCUUGGUCGUAGCAUCAAAGACCAGACCACUGUUUCUGGUGACGAUAUUCUGCUGGGCAUCGGCUCGCAGUUCGACAGCGGUUCUGACCCGGCUCCUCUCACUACCGAGCAUGGUCACGGAGGUCAUCACUAG